AUGGAUUCUUUAUCUCAUAUAAUAGAUCCAGAUGGGGAAGUGACCAUAGUAUUACGCAAUGCAAGCAGUCCCUUCGCACAAGUAGAUGAAAACUCAUUUGCUCUUCUCACCUUCAACACCUUUCCAUUGUUGUUUGGCAACGUCCGAAGCUCCCAGGCGGCGCUGGGAAGAUCGGGGCUUUAUUUUAGCCAGCUAGAGUCGAGUGUCGCGAAACGGAGCGGGGGGAAUAAAAAUAAAAAGAAGAAGAAGGAAAAGAAAAGAGAGGUCCCUGCUGAACAUUCCCUCUCAGAUGAGCCCGCUCCUGCUGCUGAUGAUGAGCCCGCUGCUGCUGAUGAGCCCGCUGCUGCUGAUGAUGAGCCCGCUGCUGAAAAACUUCCUGCCAGCGAGUUCACUGAGAAGGAGGCUGCACUCGAGGAACAAUUCGAUUCAUUCCCGGCUGACAGCUGCUUCCGUAUUCAGGUCUCUGCGAAGCAUUUGAUGUUCGCCUCCCCGUUUUUCAAAAGACUACUGACUGGAGGCUGGAGGGAAAGUGUUACUUACUCCCAGAAGGGUAAAGUUGAGAUCACCGCAGAGAGCUGGGAUAUUGAAGCUCUCAUGAUAAUACUUCGGGCUAUUCACGGCCAAUUCAACCACAUUCCUAAGAAGCUGAAUCUGGAGAUGCUGGUGCAAGUUGCCGUCAUAGCAGACUACUAUGAAUGCCGGGAUGUUUUGUGUCUUCUGAUAGAUAUGUGGAUUGACAAAGUGGAGGAGAUUACCCCAAAAUCUUCUAGGAAUUUGAUUUUAUGGAUAUGGAUCGCCUGGUUUUUCCAACUUCCUACCCAAUUCAAAAGAUCGACUUCUAUUGCUAUGUCACAGAGCAAUGGCUGGAUUGAUAGUUUCGGGCUCCCAAUCCCGAGAUAUGUCAUAGACGCGUUAAAUGAAUGUCGAGAGAAGGCUAUCCAAGAUUUGAUUGUCCUCCUUAGUGAAACACGUGACGGAUUUUUACUUGGCACUCGGGGCUGUCGUUAUGAAUGUCGCUCAAUCAUGUAUGGGGCUCUAACUAUGCAGAUGCAAUCGAGUGAUCUGCUUUUGCUGACAUCAGAGGCUCCAUUCCCGGGGUUGAAUUACACAUCUUUUGUGCAGAGCGUCAUGGCAUUCACAUCGCCAGCAUGGUAUGAUUCAUCCUUUCGAUAUUCGACCUAUGGAACCAACUAUACGCACCGCUGCCCUAACGCCUCCUGUGCAUCUAUAUUUCAGAAUCUGAAUGAAACUGUGGAAGGACUAGAACUGAACCAGUUCACUAGUUCAUGA